GCUGCAGUCUGAGGGAUGGGGGGUUAGAUUCUGCACUAUCCAACUACCUGUGUGGCCCCCGCAUGGAGCACAGUGGACUGGAACUGCGUUUGAUGCAGGAAAUUUUUAUCGGAGACACUGCCUCCUCAGCAUUUUAUCGGACAUGCCGACGUUACGAGAUUUUUGACAACAGAAACCAAGGCAUUGCAUGUGCCAGCUUUUUUCUGUGAAUAUGCCUUUGUGAGAAACUCUCUGGCUCGUCACCCUCGCCGGGAUUCCCCGCAAUAUUUUCAACAAGAGACGAGAAGAAGAGAGAGAGACACAGAGAGGAAAAAAAGCAGCAAACAUGGACAAAGAAAGUACUGGCACUCAAUACGAGCCUGUGGCUGAGAUUGGAGAAGGCGCCUAUGGGAAAGUGUACAAGGCGAGAGAUUUGAAGAACGGGGGACGCUUUGUAGCCCUGAAAAGAGUUCGUGUCCAGACGGAGGAAGAGGGGAUGCCUCUCUCCACCAUCCGGGAGGUGGCGGUACUGAGGCAGCUUGAAGCCUUUGAGCACCCCAAUGUUGUCAGGUUGUUUGAUGUGUGUACAGUCUCUCGUACUGACCGGGAAACCAAACUCACGCUGGUGUUUGAGCACGUGGAUCAGGACCUGACCACGUAUCUGGAGAAGGCUCCUGACCCCGGAGUGCCACCUGAGACUAUCAAGGAUAUGAUGUACCAGUUGCUCCAGGGACUGGACUUCCUGCACUCUCAUCGCGUGGUUCACCGUGACCUGAAGCCCCAGAACAUCCUGGUCACCAGCGGUGGACAGAUCAAACUGGCAGACUUUGGUCUAGCCCGCAUCUACAGCUUCCAGAUGGCGCUCACCUCUGUGGUGGUGACACUGUGGUACAGAGCCCCAGAGGUGCUGCUUCAAUCCAGUUACGCCACACCAGUGGACCUGUGGAGUGUCGGCUGCAUUUUCGCCGAGAUGUUCAGAAGAAGACCGCUAUUUCGAGGAAACUCAGAUGUUGAUCAGCUAGGAAAGAUUUUUGAUGUUGUAGGAGUACCUUCAGCAGAAGACUGGCCUCAGGAAGUGGCCCUACCACAGAGUGCCUUCACCCCCCGGCCCCCUAAGCCAAUAGAGGACUUGGUUCCAGACAUGGACGAGCAAGGACGGGCCCUCUUAAUGCAAUUCCUCGCCUUCAACCCCUCCAGGAGGUUAUCUGCCUUUGCUGCGCUGAGCCACCCCUACUUUCAAAGCGUGGACAGCCACAGUAGAAGUGUGUACGCAGCCCAGCCCAUCCCCAGCAACAAGCCCACUAUGGAGGAGAGGACUGCCUGACUGUCCUCCUCCACCCUUAAUCAUCCAUACAGUGUUUAUAAAAAGUAUUCUGUAAACCCCACCUUGGUGUUAUUCAUGUAUAAUUAUUUUUACAGCGUUAAAUCAAAGUGUGUUCAUCAAAUCAAAGUUUUUUUGACACUGAUCAACAGAUAAAUCUUUAAUGUUAAAGUGAAAAUACAUCUGUAUAAACUGAUGUAAUUGAAGUACAAAUUUAUUUAUUUAUUAUUACCUUUAUUUAUUCAGGGGAGCUUCACUGAAAGGAAGCCUCUCUUUUGCAGGAACGCCCUGAUCACAUUCACACUGUUACACAAUAGGUGCGUUCGAGAUGACGGCGGCUGAUUUUCGCCGACUUGAUAGUCUAAUGUGAGCUGCAGGUGACUACAGGGGCGGGGAAUAAAAAUGGCACCGUUAUGUCGGACACAUUCUACCUGCGUGAGCUUACUGUGAGCUGAGAUCAAUGACUGACUGACUCAAGUUGGAACCACACUUUUGCCUGGUCUCGCGGCAUUUGCAAAGAAAAAUGCCGCGAGACCAGGCAAAAGUGUGGUUCCAACUUGGUGCAGCCGGGAAAAAGCAACUUCGGCUGCCGGACUCAGCACCUGCAGCCGCCUUGCUCCCACGAAGUUUUUAUGUCAGGUGACAUGCUGAUGUUUUGCAGCGCUUUUUUAAAGUCCAGCAUGCAUCAUGUUAAGUCAGUGCUGCGCCAUAUGAAGUCAAACGCACUUAUUCACACCUGGAAGCUGCCCAGUACAACCGCAGCCUGGUCUGCUGGCCACUAAGCAGCUCCACUGGAGCUGUUGGGGUUAUAGGUCUUGCUCAAGGGCACCUCAGUGGUAGUAAAUGAGGGAGGGCAAGCACUGCUUGGUUUACUUUCCACACCCAGAUUUUAUACUGCCGGUCCGGGGAUUGAACCGACAGUCACAAGCUUGCUUCUCUAACCUUUGGGCCACCACUGCCCAAAUAUAGAGCACAGAGUGAUUGAUACGGACAUAUUCACCACCUCAAGUCAGUAAGCGGUAGAGGCACAUUUGGUGUCAUUUACAGCCUUUGCGUUGUAUGUUUGGAUACCGCAGUUUUCUCUCAUUGUUCUUUGCAAAAGUCCUAAAGCUCUGUCAAGUUGCAUGGUGAGCAUGACCGAACAGCAGGGUUUCAAGUUCUGCCACAAAUUCUUUGAUUGUGGUCUGGUCAGGUGAUGGCCGCUCAACCUAUUAUUCAACUUCUUAAAAAAAACAAAAAAAAAAACACUUUGCUGCACCAAUGAUAAACUAAGUGUGUCAUUGUUAAGAGGGGUAAUACUUACUGUCAUUUAGAUCCAUUUGUAUUGAUUUGUUUUCUCUUUGACUUUUAAAGAGACAUUUUGCUGAUAAUCGGUGUCAAAAAAGCAUAAUCAAUCGUGAUUCUGUGUUUUACAUAAAAUCAAAACAUGAAAUGGACCAAGGGGGGAAAUACUUUUUGUAGUCAAUGUACAAAGUUCUCGGGAAGUACUCCUGAAGAGAGGGUAAAGAUGGUGUCAGGAAAGAUGACACCAACACUCUCCUCCCAUGAACAAUGCACAAAAGCUAUCCUCCUUCCGUGAACUGAUGGAUUGUAAUUGCUGCUUUUAGGUUGUUGAUGAAUGCCCGUUAAUGCAAAGAGACUUGCAUCUCAGAUUGACUUGUGGGUGUGGGCAGAUAAGACUGAAGAGGCCAUGAAGCAGACGUCUUUUUAUGACCAGUGUUUCACCUUGGAAGAGACCUCUUGACUGUGGGAACCCGACCAUCCAGGAGCCUGGGUGGACAGCAGGGACCUCAUCUUCCUUCACGCUCACACUGUGUGUGUGUGUGUGUGUGAGAGUGUGCACAGUAAGCAGAUGCACAGUACAAACACGCUCACAGAUACAUAAGCAACCUUUAGUGUGUGCUACAACUGACAUCAGCACGCUCAUGUCACACUCCUACUUAUGGAAACAUUAGGCAUCACAGACCAGCCACUUACUGCCAUGUCUUGACUUAUCAUUUCAGUUCUACAUGUAUUAUAUCACUGCCACCUUGAGGAUGUCCUGAGUAACUGCAGACCAGUAGCGGGAUUCUAAUGGUAUCUGCACUCUUCAAGGAGCUCUUCAUAAUGGGCUGAUCUCAAUACUGAGACGAUGAAAAAAGAACCUUAUUGAAAAUGUUCCUGCCACUCACUUGGUGUUUAUGACUUGCUUCUAGUCUGCCAUCAUGGGUUUUUAUCAUUAUAAAAUACAGUUAUAAGUUACUAUCUGAAUGAUACAGUAAUGCACAGGCUUGCAAUAGGUGGGGAAAUCCCACCAGCACUAUUCAACAUGAAUACAUUUGGCACCGAAUAGUGUCGCCAACAUUCUGUAUUUAAUUUUUAAUUUUAUUGACAAGUCUUAUAUGCUUGUUUUCAUCAAGUUGUUACUUUUUUAAGAUGCUAGGGCAUACUAUAUUCUUACACCAAUUACACCAACUCUUUAGAUGAUUAUAGAAUGUGUGUAAGAAUAGUUUGACAAUGUGGAGGAAUGUAUAAAGGAUAGGCAUUGGGUACUGUACAGUAUAGAGUGCUAAGUACAAGCUGUAAUGAUAGAAAACCUUUGAUAGGCGCAGCGUCAGCCCAUAGAUAUGUCGUAAAAAUGGAUAGAUGUAGAGUAGCGAGCAGUGGAAUAUUGAAUGGCAAGAGUAUUUUGUCUAUUGAAAAUGUUGGUUUGGCUCUCUGGGUGCUUGAGUUUAAUUUGAAUUUGACAGUGGUUUUGAUAAUGAAAUAAUGCACAAAUAUUUUGUAUACAGUUUUUGCUUUAUUUUACUGUCAUGUCCCGUUGUGUUCAAAUCCAGUUUUUACCAGCAAGGAAAAAGCAAGUUAUGCAGAGUUGUAUUUUUGUAUGUAGUAGUUCUUGCAGAACAGUAACAUAUUUUAACACUGGUUUACGUUUUCUUAACAGGUAGUGCUGCUAGCACACACACAGACACACUCUCUGACUUUCUCAGGUUCUUGUUUUGGAUGUCCGAACCUAUCGGGCACAGUUUGCACAUCCCUGGGCUACUAACUGACCAUAUCACAUCUCCUUCAGGUUUUCUUUCAAGCUGUCCCACGAUCAUGUCAUUGAUCACAGUCUACUGUCAAUCCUAUUUAUCAAAUAUAUGUUACUGUAGUCAUUACUGUCUUAAGAUAACUGCCUGUAUCUGUUUUGCCAGCAAUUUAAGAUGGCGAUGACAAGUAGAUUGUGUAUUGUCUGCUUGACUAAGCACUGUGUGAAUUCACUAUCUGAUAACGACUCCUAUCUGGUGUCAGUGGUGCAUACAAUGCAAUGAAAGCUCCAAAUACUUUAGACAUAGUUUACAAUUACAACAAUGACUGCUUUAGGCUCAUUACAGACACAAUCACUGUACGCUUUUAUGUUGAGUUAACCAGUUUGUAAAACAUUUCAAUCUCACAACAUGAAACUCCACUGUUGAGCUUUUAGAAGUUUCACUCUUUCGGCACCAAUUUAGCUUGAUCUGUCAUCCAUCAUGGAACUCCUAGUCUCCAUUUCCAUAUGUUAAAAACAAAUGACACAGGAACAUAUGUGUAGACUAGGAAAACCACAAUCAUGGCAUUAUAUUUGUGUAUGAAUGCUGGCAUUGGUGUCUUAUUAUUGUGUUGCACCAGUUGAAUAAAAAACAGCUUUUUUUGAAU